AGUGGGAGGGACAAAAUGGCGGACAGCUCUAGCAUUUAGCUCACGAGGCGCAGAACUGACUCAUUUUUGUCUGUGAAAUAAGAUGAAAAUGCAAAAUAUGUAAUAUAAGAAGACGUGUUUAGUUUGAUUAUUACGUUUUCUGGUUGUAUAGUUACUUCAUUAUCAUUGUCUUUGUUGUUAUAAUCUGUAAAAGCCCGAAAAAGUGCCAGGGAGCUAACAGUGCUAAUAGUGCUAACAGUAAACAGGCCAGAAACAGUUCAGAAAACCUUUGGAAGAAACGAAUCUUUUUAAAUCGUCCCAGAAAUGAGGAGGUGGAACUGGAGAGACGAGGAGAGGCCGCGCAGGAGACACGGAGGUCCCCGGCAUCAGGGGAGGAGCAGAGGGAGUGAGCAGAGACACAACAGCCUGAGGACUGACAGAAACUAUGAACCAACCCAAAGAACUGAAAGUCAAACUGCUCCUUCCUCCUCCUCCUCCUCCUCUUCGUCCUCCUCCUCCUCCUCCUCCUCCUCUUCUUCCUCCUCCUCCUCUUCGUCCUCGUCCUCCUCCACCUCUGCUGCUCCAGAGCUUCCCGGUUUCUACUUUGACCCGGAGAAGAACCGCUACUUUCGCCUGUUGCCGGGUCACAACAACUGUAACCCUCUGACCUCGGAGCAGCUGAGGCAGAAGGAGAGAGAGAAGCAGAGAGAGAGGAGCCUCGCAGAAGACGACAACCCCAGAAAAAAAGCACCAAGAUCAGGACUGAACAUGACGCUGCUGCUACAGAAAAGACAGUUUGGCUCUGUCCCCGGCAGAUCCUUCUGCAGAUUGUCCCAUGAGGUGAAAGUGAGUGACAUGAAGAGACACAAACUGGAGAUUCUCAACACUGACCACAACAGUCAGAGCACGGACAACUUCAGAAUAAUGGUGGGCGACUCGUCGUGUGAGCGCGUCUUCACUGUGAGCGACGUGUCUCACGGAGGAGCCAAAUAUGGAAUCAUGAACCUCCGCAGCAGCAGAACGCAGAGCCCCCUCACUGUGGAGAUGUGUGAUAACCUCUUCUUCACAAACCGCAAAGUGAAUUCAGUUUGUUGGGCCUCGGUCCAUCACACAGACUCUCACGUCCUGUUGUGUUUGGUUGGAGCGGCGGACACUCCGGGAUGUGUCAGUUUACUCCCGGCGUCUCUUUACAGUAAUUCAAACCCAGAACAAGCUGAGACUCUGUGCAGUUUUAAAAUCUCCUCAGCCUGGUCCUGCGCCUGGUGCCCACACCCUCAGUUUGACAAAACCUUCAGCACAGGUUUGUCUCGGAGGAUCAUUCUGAAAGACGCAGAAAAUGGACGUACUCAAACCUACAGCGUCGCCAGUGACGUCCUGGCCCAACAGUUUUCACUCGGGGACCCGGUUCUAUUCAGCGGCUGCAGGUCGGGUGAAGUCUUCGGUCUGGACCUGAGACAGCGCAGUCGAAAAGGACAGAGCUGGAAAACCCAUCGUCUCCACCAGGGGGCGGCCAUCACCUCCAUCAGAGUCCUGAGCGACCACAACUACCUGCUGUGUGCGGACAUGCUCGGACAGAUAAAACUGUGGGACGUGCGGGUCUCUAAGUGUGUGCAGCAGUACAACGGACACUACAACGAACACGCUCUGCUCCCCGUCCACCUGAGGGAGCCAGAGGGACUCGUACUCGCAGUGGGUCAGGACUGUUACACUCGGAUCUGGAGUCUCCAAGAUGGCCGCCCGCUCCGCACCAUCCCCUCGCCGCACCCCACGGCCAACGACCUCGUCCCCAGUGUGGUCUUCUCCUCAAACCUCGGCGGUUUUAACGGAGCGGCCGGACUCCUCAUGGCGGUCAAGAACGACCUUUUCUUUUACCCGUACGGUCCAGACAACCAGACGCUUUAAGGAAACAUGGCUCCUGUGAUAAAGACGCACUGAGACUCACGGAGGAGCUGCCACCUGCUCGUCUCCAUGGAGAGGAAUGUUCCAUUGUGGCAUUAAACUUAAGUUAUGGGUGCUACUGGUAUUUCAAAAUAUUACUCAACUAUAAGUAAAGUGAGUACUACCAAUACCACUGUGAGCAUUUCUCUGUCACUUCUUUAAAGGAGAUUUUAUUUCCUGUAAUAUUCCACAAUGUGGCAUUAAAAUAUUUCUUACAUUU